AUGGCGGAGAGAAGUGGCCGGUUGAGCUUCCCCGGGAGCGGAGCCCUCAACAGACCGGUGCCCAUGAACCUGUUCGCCACAUGGGAGAUAGACGGAUCCUCCCCGAACUGCAUCCCGAGGUUGUGUAGUCUGACUCUGAAGAAGCUGGUCGUGGUGAGAGAACUUGAUAAAGAGCUGAUCUCUGCGGCCAUAGCGGUUAAAAUCCAGGGCUCCAAACGGAUCUUGCGCUCCCACGAGAUCGUGCUGCCACCCAGUGGCUCCGUGGAGACCGAUCUGGCUCUCACCUUUUCACUGCAGUACCCUCACUUCUUAAAACGAGAAGGAAACAAGCUGCAGAUCAUGCUGCAAAGGCGGAAGAGAUACAAGAACCGAACCAUCCUGGGCUACAAGACUCUGGCAGUGGGAUCUAUCGACAUGGCCGAGGUGAUGCAGCACCCGACCGAGGGAGGCCAGGUUCUGCCUCUCUGCAGCAACCAGAAGGAGCUGCUGGGGAAGGUGGCCGAGAUCUGGAUCGUUUCUCUGUCCAGUCAGCCAAUAGACCACGAGGAGGCCGCCCUGCAGGGGGGACAGAAGAUCAAAUGCUCCGAUAACUACUCGGAGGAGGAGUACGAGAGCUUCUCCUCCGAGCAGGAGGCCAGCGACGACGCCGUGCAGGUUCAGGAUCUGGAGGAUGACGAGUACGAUGUGAGGAAGCCAAAGAAGCAGAGGAGGUCGAUUGUGAGGACCCCCUCCAUCACCAGACAGCAGAACUUUAAGCAGCGCGUGGUGGCUCUCCUCAAGCGCUUCAGAGUCUCAGAUGAGGUGCUGGACUCGGAGCAGGACCCCGCAGAGCCGCCCCCCGAGGUGGAGGAGGAGGACCUGGACCUGGACAGCGUCGAGUUUGAGAACCCGAGUGACAGCGGCCCGGAGCUGGACGACGACGACAGCGUCCUCAGCACCCCAAAACCCAAACUCAAGCCGUACUUCGAGGGUCUCUCCCUCUCCAGCUCUCAGACGGAGAUCGGCAGCAUCCACAGCAGCCGGAGCCACCGGGAGCCUCCGAGCCCGAUGGAUCCGGAUAAAACCAAGUGUGCUGGCGGCAAGUUUCCAGGCGACGGCGUGUCUGGUAACGUGUCCUUUGAGCAGCCCGAGCCGGUGACUCCGACCACAGAGCUGGAGAUGGACAACAUGGACACGUUUCUAGAGCGACUACCGCCGAGUGGCAAAAUGACCAAGACGGAGUCACUAAUCCUUUCAUCCAACAGGCAGGAACCAAAGUUGGCGGGGAGGAGAGGCAGGAGCACGUCGCUGAAGGAGCGCCAGCCCAGCAGGCCGCAGAACGAGCGGGCCAACAGCCUGGACAACGAGCGCUCCCUGGACACGCGCUGCCACCUGCAGAUUCCAAGAAAGACAGUGUACGACCAACUCAACCACAUCCUGGUGUCCGACAACCACCUCCCCGACAGCAUCAUCCUCGUCAACACGUCGGACUGGCAGGGCCAGUACCUCUCGGAUAUGCUGCAGAACCACCACCUCCCCGUGGUGUGCACCUGCACCACGGCCGACAUCCAAGCUGCGUUCAACACUAUCGUCUCCCGCAUACAGAGAUUUUGCAACUGUAACUCCCAGACGCCAAUUCCCAUAAAGAUCGCGGUGGCCGGCGCGCAGCACUACCUCAGUGCUGUUCUGAGGCUUUUUGUGGACCACCUUUCCCAUAAGACCCCCGACUGGCUGGGCUACAUGAGGUUCCUGAUCAUCCCUCUGGGUGCACAUCCAGUCUCCAAAUAUCUCGGCACUAUUGACUAUCGAUACAACAGUUUGUUCCAAGACGCUGCUUGGCGGGACCUGUUUCACAAGCCAGAGGCUCCGGUUAUUGCCCAGCAGAACCCAGACGUGGUGUCCAGGGUGACUCAGUACAUGGUGGGAGCCAACGGAGCCCACCAGCUUCCCAUCGCGGAGGCCAUGCUCACCUACAAACAGAAGAGGAAAAAGAGCUUUCAUUUUGAUUUUGCAGUAAGUCCGGAUGAGGACUCCUGUCAGAAAUUCAUCCCCUUCAUUGGUAUGGUGAAAGUUGGCCUUGUGGAGCAAACAUCUGCAACAUCAGGAGACUCUGACGAUGCAGCCCCUCUGGCCUCCUCGCUGCUCUCCUCCACCCCUCCACAGGUGUCACCGGCCCUCAAAGAGGCGUCGCCCACGCCGCCCUCCUCUCCCUCCGUCACCACCAGCCUCUGUGCUUACAGUUCUGUAGGUCAGGGGGAGCUGAUGGGGCUUCAGGUGGACUACUGGGCGGCUCCAACAGAGAGGAAGAAGGACAUGGAGAAGCGGGACUCCUCCUCCAAAAACACUCUGAAGUGCAAUUUCCGCUCACUGCAGGUCAGCCGGCUGCCGCUGGGGGGCACAGAGCCGAGCCCCCAGCCCACCAUGUCCAUGACUGUGGUGACUAAGGAGAAGAAUAAGAAGGUCAUGUUCCUGCCCAAAAAGAGCAAAGACAAGGAGGUGGAGUCGAAGAGUCAAGUGAUCGAGGGCAUCAGCCGGCUCAUCUGCACUGCCAAGCACCAGCAGACCAUGCUGAGAGUACUGAUUGACGGCGUCGAAUGGAACGACGUCAAGUUCUUCCAGCUGGCGGCUCAGUGGUCCUCGCAUGUCAAACACUUCCCCAUCGGGAUCUUUGGGCACACAACGAGCCCCUACUAG